AUGCCUCCCGUGUCUCCGCAACCCGAGCGCCCUCGGGUGAUUCUCUAUCAUCAGACGAUCUGUCCUGAUGGCCAGUACUGCUCCAUGCUGCCGCUGCUGGACAACAAUACUGGCGUCACCCACAUCAUCCUGGCCGCUUUUCACCUCAAUGCCGAUCCACAGCACAUUACUCUCAAUAAUGAUCCCCCUCAUAUGCCGCUGUAUGAACCGCUGUGGGCCGAAGUGCCGGCCGUGAAGCAGAGCGGGGUUCGUGUCAUGGGACUCCUGGGAGGCGCGGCGCAGGGCUCAUUCCGCUGCCUGGACGGUAAUGAGGAGAAAUUUGAACUAUACUAUCAACCCUUGCGGGACAUGGUGCGGCGCCAUGAACUGGACGGGCUGGAUCUGGAUGUGGAGGAAGAGAUGUCGUUGUCGGGCAUUAUCCGGCUGAUCGACCGGCUCAAGCUUGACAUGGGUGACGACUUCAUCAUUACGUUGGCUCCAGUGGCGGCGGCCAUGUUGGGCAUGGGCAACCUGUCCGGCUUCGACUAUCGCGAGCUAGAGCGACAGCGAGCCUCCAAAAUCAGCUGGUAUAAUACCCAGUUUUAUAAUGGUUGGGGCCACCCAGACGACCCUCGGAUGUAUGCGACCAUGAUUGCACAGGGCUGGGCCCCGAACCGGGUGGUAUACGGGCUGUUGACGAAUCCGGGGAAUGGAUCGCAGGGCUAUGUACCACUGGAAAAGAUCGGGCCGAUCCUAGGUCUGCUGGUUGAACGCUUCCCCAACUUCGGAGGCGUGAUGGGUUGGGAAUAUUUCAACUCGAAACCGGGAGACCGAGAAGCCCCCUGGCAGUGGGCGGCGGCGAUGAGCUUGAGCAUGAAUAUGAAGGAGGUGCUACACGUUGCGCGUAUGAUGCGCUCGGGACCAAUGGCCAACAGCUUGAUGAAUCUACUUCGGGACAUGAUGCAGCAGCGAUAA